CAGCAACAGGACCAGCGGUACCGGUAACGGCAGCAACAGGACCAGCGGCACCGGUAGCGGCAGCAACAGCGACAGCAAUAGGACCAGCGGCACCGGUAACGGCAGCAACAGCGACAGCAAUAGGACCAGCGGCACCGGUAGCACCACCAACACCAACACCAACAACUGCAGAGGCGACGCCAAGCCAACAUGCCGCCCAAGAAGAAGGAGAGGCCCCUCACCCCGGUGUCGAUCACCGACGAGAAUGUGGAGCCGCUGACCGCCAUGGAGCGGGAGCUGUACAUCAUUCAGGUCAAAGACCUGGAGGGCAGGGUGAACAGGUACCAACGGAGACUGGAUGAACUGGAAGUGACAAAGACCGAUGCUGAUGAGAAGCAUGAACAAUUUAGCAAAGACUUGCAAGACGUUAUUGCCUACCUGAAGAAGGGCCUGAAUCAGAGAAUUGAUGAGAUUGCUGAUUUGAAUGACAAGAUAGUUGGUUUGAUGCAAGCCAAGGAAACUGAUAAGACGACUUAUGAAACCCAGAUGGCACAGUUGCGUCAAGAAUUUCAUGAAACAAAGGAUCAACUCACAUCGGAGAAUAUGGUUUUAGCUGGAAAGCUUGAUGCGCUGGAGGAGUUUCGAAUUCAAAAGGAGGAUUUGAUGGCAAAGUUUGCUGCACUUGAAGAGCAGCUAAAGCAGCAGGAAGAAGAGCACAGUGAAAUUAUUUACAACUUGGAGAGGAGGGCAGUGGUAGAUAAAGAUAGAUUAAAGAAGGAGAUGAUUGCACGGGUGAAUGCGGUGGCCGCUGAAUUCCGUCGUAUUUCAAAGAAGCAAGUGGCAGAAACGACAAAAAGAGCCAUACGUGAAAAUGUAUCCAUUAGCAGCCAGCUGGGAAAGAUGUCAGAUAAAAGUAUGAAAAUAAUCAAAGAGAAUGAUGAACUGAAAAAUGAAGCCACGAGGCAGUGGAGAAACAUCAAUAUCUUGGAGGAAAGUCAGAAAGAGCUGAUCAGGAAGAAUCUCAGCAAUGUAAAGGUUAUUCAAAUGCUGACUGAGAAAUGCAAAGUGCAGCAGAAGUCAUUGGAAAGCUGCACGCAGAGGGAGAAGAUGGUUCAAGAAUUUGAGAUAACAAUACAAGACCUUGGGGCUCAGAAUGAAUCUCUAAGGAAUGAAAUAACAUCUGUAAAGGAGGAUCUGGAGGUAAAACAAUUUCACCUGGAAAAACAGAUGGCCAAAGCGGAACACCAGGAAAGGCGCAGGAAGCAGGUGGAGAAAGUCCUCUCUGAUGCUGCCUAUGCUUUGAAAGAUGCCCUGCUGGAGAGCACAGAAUGUACAGAUGAAAACAUUCUUACCAUCGGUGUGGAAAAGACAGAAUCUGAGAUUGCAGUGUAUACUCGCCGAAGUCAAAUGAUGCAGAAACUGCUGCAGUUACUGAACAGUGCGGCUGAACUUAGUCUUGGACCUGCACCAGAAGAAUUUAUUACUACUGAGCUGCCUAUUAUUGAACAUAAGCCAGGGAAUAUAACAGCAAGACCAGGUUCUGCCUCUAGUGCUGCUGAAGAAUCAGGCCUUCUGACCCACUAUAAAGUAGGUGACCUGGGUCUGGUUCCACGACCACAGCAAAUGACCUCCAGCCUUGUUGACAAAGUGACCCAGCUAUCAUCAACAAGUCGUCUUGGUUUACUCAGGCCUUUUUCGAAAUCAGCACCAACAAAAUUCAGUUGUUUGCCCAAGGAUUUGGCUUGUGAAGAUCGGGGAAUGCAGACCUCAAUCCUGCCCAAAAUCAAUGCAGUAUACUGUCUUCAAGAUCAAGUGUGCAAGUCACCUUGUUAGGUCUUAUCGGGACCUAGUAAUAAAUGCCAUUGCUUUGUAUUUAAACUUACAUUUUUAAAUGAUCAACAGCAAAGUAAAUUUAUUCUUUCCAGGCCACUAAUUUUGAUCACAUUUUGGAAAAAUAAAUAAAAUCACUUAUUUUAAGAAAACAAUUCAUGGUGACAGGGACUAUGAUGGCAGAUUUUUAAGUUGUCUGGACUAUAACUUGCAAGGUUCCAAUUCAGUUAACCAAUGGGGAACAUUUUUUGUAAUUGCUGGCAGAGUUUAAGGGAAAGUUCCACAGGUUACAGCUGUCUUCUAUUAUUGAACCCAUCCUGCCAUGAAUAAAGUGGACAAGAAUGCCUCUUAAAAUGCCUCUUGUGAUGAUCCAAUCCCAGUCUUUCUGUGGGGUUCAAUCUUGCUGUGAGCAGAUGAUAUGGAAAAUGUCAGAAGCUGAGUGAGUUCUUUAAAUAUGCAUCACUAUCAUAGACAAGGCAACAUGGCAACUGAAGGGGCCAUGGCCAGGAAUCCCCAAAUUAGGUAUGUGGUUUUAUUACUUUAAGUGUGCGUGCGCGCAUGUGUCUUGUUUUGUGGCCAGAACAUAUCUGUACAAUUUUUGACAUUGUCAGUCGGAUGCCUAUGUUGUAACUAUUCCAGUAUAUUUACAAGUUAGUCUAAUUCAGGGGGCAUUAGCUAUCGGGAGAGGUUGGACAGACUUGGAUUACUUUCUCUGGAACACCGGUGUUUGAGGGGAGACCUGAUAGAAUUAUAAGAGGCAUAGAUAGGGUAGAGUCAGAACUGUUUUCCCAGGAUGGAAAUGUCAAAAAUUACAGGACAAAGCUUGGUGAUUGGCACAAUGUUAAAAGGAGAUGUGCAAGGGCAACUUUUUUUGCACGAGGGUGGUGAGUGCCUGGAAAAUAUUGCUAGGGUCGGUUGUGGAAGCAGAUACGAUAGUGGCAUUUAAGAGGCGGUUAGGGAUGAACAAUGCAUGGAUAUGGAUUAUGUGCAGGCAGAUAAAAGUUGGUCUUGGCAUCAUGUUCGGCACAAACAUUGUGAGUCGAUGGCCCUGUUCUUGUGCUGUACUGUUCUAUGUUCUAAAUGGGUUUUUUUUAGGUCUCAUCUCAAUGCAGGAAGUUGAUGGGAGACCUGAUAGAAGUAUGUAAGUUUAUGAGAGGCAUAGGUAGGGUAGACAGUCAGUAAAUGUCAAAGACUAGUGGACAUAGCUUUAAGGUGAAAGGGGCAGAAUUUAAAGGAAUGUCCGGGGCAAAUUUUAUACCCAGUGGAUAGUGAGUAUCAGAAACAGGCGGAAGGCAAAUAUGACAGUAGCAUUAACAAAGCUUUUCAGUAGACGUGGAUAUGCAGGGAAAGGAUGGAUAUGGAAUAUUUGCAGGCAGAUAACAUUAUUUUUUAUAAUAGUAUCAUGUUCUGAACAAACAUUGUGGGCUGAAGGGCCUGAUCCUGUGCUGUACUUUUCUAUGUUAUAAGCUGCAAUAAACCUGUAUAAAUUAAUAUUUAGCUCAUGGCUAUAACAAAGCUAAGUACCAUUGUGAGUUACUGGGGACAGAUGCUGACAGCUAAAACAAUUAAAACAUAGAAACCUUGAGGCAUGGCUUCUCCAGAUGGGCAAACUAUAUGGCUAAAACCCGAGGGUUGGUACAGGAACAAUUUGGCUUGGUCUCAUCCAAUGGAAAAGGAAAUUGGAAAUAUUAUAUUAGGGUGGAGGGACCAUCUGCUUCUUAAUUAGGAAAAUGCCAUAUGGAAAUUAUGAUUAUUUAAAGACAUCCAAGAUAUACAUGUUGGAAUGUCUCAAUACACAAAGAUGAAAAGGAGCAAAUACAAAAACAUCUGGCUUGCACAUGGCUUGAUAUUGGUUUAUUAUUGUCGAAUGUAGCAAGAUCUAGUGGAACACUUUGUCACACCAUCCUAUUUUCACCCACACAAAAGGCAUAACUGGUCUGUGUGGGUGUGUAUAUAUGAACUUGCUGUUAUCCUUCCAAGUUAUGGCCUGUUUAAAAAUAAGAGUUGCCAAGACUGCUUGCCAAAUGAUCAUGUCAAUGAAAAGGGGCUGAAAACUAUGCCCUGGAAAAGGUUACCGUUAAUUCCAAGAUACAGCGACUCAUUUUUGUACUUGCUUCAUUUAUUCAGUAAUCUACUGCAUUGUUCAUCAAGAAAUCAAAUAUGCAUUCCGGGAGAAACCUCUUGAUCCAGAAAAGGUAGGAUUUGCUGUGUCUCAGAGUGAGUGACGUGAUUGCAACAGAUGUAUUUAGUGAGAGGCCAUGGCUACCUUGUGUUACCUGUGGUGAGCUGAUGAGUACUUUUGAUUUGGAGGCUUAAUGUAGACUUGAGCGCAAAGUUCCCGGCAGACACACCAAACACUUCUAAGGGUCUGAACGAAA